CAAACCCCGGCCAGGAACAGAGGUGGGGCAGCCACAACUCCUCCGGGCAACCUGUGCCAGCCCCCCGCCACCCUCAUAGCCAAGAAUUCCUUCUCAAUAUUCCAUCUAAUCCUACCCUCUGACAGUGGGAAGCCGUUCCCCCUUUUCCCGUCCCUCCAUCCCUUGUCCAAAGUCCGUCUCCAGCUCUCUUGGGGCCCCUUUAGGCACUGGAAGGGGCUCUAAGGUCUUUCCAGAGCCUUCUGUUCUCCAGGUGAACACCCCCAGCUCUCCCAGCCUGUCUCCAGGGCAGAGGGGCUCCAGCCUGUGGAGCAUCUUUGCGGCCGCCUCUGAACUCGCUCCAGCAGCUCCACAUCCUUCCUAUGCUGGGGCUCCCAGAGCUGGAUGCAGUGCUGAAUAUUCCACGCCCCAAAGGUGGUUUCUCUUCAGUCUCAUGGCUGCUAAGACGGGGUCCUGACAAGAACAAACAUUCCCAUGUCGUGGGAUCAGCAGGAAAGCGUGAAGUCUGUGGAUGCUGUGCUGUGUGGGCAGAGCUUCCAUCAGCAAACCACCCCAGUUUGCUCUUGGAUACCCCGACCAAGCACCAGUCACAGCCUGGACUGUGGCAUGGAUCCCUCAUUCCCACCCCUGUGCUCAUCCCUGCACAGCACCUGGAGUCAGUCCCUACCCUCUGCCCACCACUGCUAGCUCCGGAGGAAACCCCUGUCCGUGAGGAUCUGCCACAGCUCGAGAUAAAAACCCCACGUGCUCUUUAUCCAACAGCAGCAGCUGGGAAGGCAGGGAGGAGGCUCUCUGCCUGUGCUGUGGGCCCGGGAAGGUGCCUGCAGGCCAGGGGGGUCUUAGAGCAUGUGGGUAGGGGGUUUCCACCACUGGGAAUCCACCAGGUUUCCCUGGGAAAAAGCAGGAGUGAAGGAUGCAGUGCAUAGGUCCCACUGCGUGUGACACUGAGCUGGUGUCCCAGCAGGAAAAUCAGAGCAUCCCACAUCUGCUUUCGCCAUUCGGCAUCACGGAUGGAGCGGAAUGUUCCAGUGGGCAGUGGAAACGCUGUUCCCUGUCUCUGUAAAUCACCCUGCUCGGAUCCCUGGGGAGCGCCUCCCCCGGGCCUCGGGGGCAGGCGGAGUCUUCCUCCCCCGACGGGAUCCGCAGCUGCCGUCGCUUCUCGCCGGAGCCGGAGCCCGAGUCGGAGCCGGGCAGCGCCGCAGGAUGGACCUCCUGGAACUCACAGGUCCUGCCGCCCUUCCCAAGCACAUCCUGGACAUCUGGGUCAUCGUCUUGAUCAUCCUGGCCACCAUCCUGGUGAUGACGGCGCUGGUGCUCUGCCCGGCCACUGCCGUCGUCAUCUACCGCGUGCGAACUCACCCCACACGCAACGGCAUCGUGUGAGGCAAGCAGCAAGGAGUGGAAAUGCCUGACAAAAUUAUUUCUGCUUUGGAGUCCCAGCUCUCAGGGUGUUUGGAAAAAAGGGUCAAAGCGAGAUGGAUGUGGCUUCUGGUUGCAAGUUUGAAGGCUUGGCUGAAAGCAUCGGUGACAGAGCCUGUCCUGGCUGCACAGCACACGUGCAGCUGGCACUGGCUUCUCCUCUAUCCAUUAUCUGCUGAAAUUGUAGGAAAAUCUUAUGGGGCUCUUGGUUCCUCUGGGUCUCGCGGGGCAGAGGAGUGUGUGCAGCUCCUGCCAGCCUGUCUGCCUGCACGCUGGCUGUGCUCCCCGCUCCCGAUAGCGAGAGCCCUCACUGUUCACCCAACACACCGGCCUACUGGGGGGGUCUGUGCACCUCUCACCUGGGCAGGUAAAGUGGGAGGAGCAGGUUUGUGCCCAGUCAGUGGCAGGGGAUCAUGUAAGUUCUUGCACUGCUCUUUGUUAUGAAAUAAAUGGACUUUUAACCUACA